AUGCCUAAUGUAGUGGAUUUUAUCACCAUCAGCUUCCCUAACUUUGACCUGGAGGAGUCAGGUCAGUGUCAGGGGGACUGGCUGCUCCUGGGCCCCACCUGGAGAGAGGAGUACCGGGUGUGUGGAUCCCUCCUCCCACCUCCCUUCAUCUCCUCCAUUGGGAGAGUGUGGCUCUACUUCCACUCACAGGCCAACAGCUCAGGACUGGCUCAGGGGUUCAGACUGUCUUAUAUCAGAGGUCGCCUGGGCCAGUCCAGCUGUCAGAGUGAUGAGUUCCUGUGUGGUAACGGUAAAUGUCUUCCCCGGACGUGGCGCUGUAACGGCCUGGAUGAGUGUGGCGACGCUACUGACGAACGGAGCUGUUCCCCCCCUCCCACCCCUCCCCGCGCCUCCCUCUGCCCCCCCGGCACCGCCCCCUGUACCCAGGCCCAGUCCACUCGCUGCCUGCCCCAAUCGCUGCGCUGCAACGGAGCCCAGGACUGCCCCGACGGCUCGGACGAGGCAGGGUGCCCCGACACGGCCUGCGGGAAACGCCUGGGGAACUUCUACGGAACGUUCGCCUCCCCAGACUUUUUCCGUCCCAACCGCAGCGCUGUGGGGGAGUUGAGGUGCUCCUGGCUACUGGACACUCAGGACACUAAGCCCAUCGUGUUGCAGCUGGACCUGGGGUUAGGGCCAGGGGACUCCCUCCACGUCUACGAUGGGCUGGUCCAGAGAGCAGAGCGCCUCCUGCAGGCCCUGUCUCAUCAUAACAACAGGAGACCAACCCUGUUAGAAUCCAGUAGAGGACAGAUGAGUCUACAGUACCUGGCCCAACCACUCAGCCCUGGGCAUGGGUUCAACGCGACAUACCAGGUCAAAGGUUACUGUUUCCCUGGGGAACACCCGUGCGGAGAGGACCAGGGCUGUUACUCUGAGCGCCAGCGCUGUGACGGGUACUGGCACUGCCCUACGGGGCGCGACGAGGAGGAGUGCCCAGUUUGCCAGGAGGGCGAGUACCCCUGUGAGGGGGGCAGCGGGGCCUGCUACCCUGCCUCGGAAAGAUGUAACAACCAGAAGAAGUGCCCAGACGGUUCUGAUGAGAAGAACUGUUUUGACUGCCAGCCGGGUAACUUCCACUGUGGCACCAACCUGUGUAUCUUCGAGACGUGGCGCUGCGACGGCCAGGAGGACUGUCUGGACGGGAGUGACGAGAGAGACUGCUUGGGAGCUGUACCCAGGAAGGUGAUCACUGCUGCUCUGAUUGGCUCUCUGGUCUGUGGCCUCCUCCUUGUCAUCGCUCUGGGCUGUGCCUUCAAACUCUACUCCCUCCGGACAAGAGAGUACAGAGCAUUUGAGACCCAGAUGACCCGUCUGGAGGCGGAGUUUGUUCAGAGGGAGGCUCCGCCCUCCUAUGGUCAGCUGAUCGCCCAGGGCCUGAUCCCACCGGUGGAGGACUUCCCUGUGUACAACCCCACUCAGGCCUCCAUGCUCCAGAACAUUCGUACAGCGAUGCGUAGACAGAUCAGAAGACACUCCUCCCGCCGGGCCACGUCACACCGCCGCUUGGGGCGCCUCUGGAACCGUCUGUUCCACCGAGGGACCCGUCAUCGCCGCGGGCAGAUCCCCCUCCUCACACCCCCCGGGUCUCAGGUGGCUCUGGGCCUGCACUCCUACCACACUUCGGAGGGACCUGGAGCCAGGGCUGGGGAUGGAGGUGGCGGCGCGGGCAUGGUGGGGGGCAUGGCGGGCACGGGACCAGCAAGGACCCCCUCCUGCUGCUCUACGGCAGCAGUAGGCUUCGCCCUGCACGCCCACACCCAGGCCCUGUCACAGUCCCAGUCCUCCCACCCCUCCUUGGAGUCUCCCCGCUCCCCACCCUCCCCCUCUGACAGUGAACCAUCCGAGGGGUCUCCAUGUUCCCCAGAGAGCCAGGGUAGCAGGGUUAGGUUGCCCCUCAGCGAGCUCUCCACCCCUGGGCAGCAGAGUGACUCAUUAACGUCUGCCGCCAGCAUACUGAGCCAGCAGUGCCCCCCAGAGGGCAGCACAGGUCAUUACACCCGCCGGGUCUCCAGGAAGCUGGUCCUGGGGCUGGCUGCCAACCUGAGAGGGGUAGCCCUACGACGCUACUCCCCCAUGGGGCUCACCUCCCCCGUUACUCCCCUUGUCCUUCCCCCUCCAGACUCCCAGCUGCCCUGCCACCACCCCCUGACCUCCCCUCAGACGUCAACCCCCUCGGGGUCUUCAGAUGACAGUCAGAGGUUCCAUGCCCUGGAAGUGCCAACCCGGGAGAGGAGGAGGAGGAGGAGGAGGAGGAGGGGGAGGGGUAUAGGGGUGCCUAGUGGACUGAACACCAGCAGCAGUGAGGAGGAGGAGGAAGAGGAUGGAGAUGAGACUCUACUGAUCUGCUAGUAUGAAGGAGCUGCCUUGACCAGGUGGCAAUAGACAGACAGACAGACAGACAGACAGACAGACAGACAGACAGACAGACACAGACACAGACACAGACACAGACAGACAGACAGACAGACAGACAGACAGACAGACAGACAGACAGACAGACAGACAGUACUGCAGGUGGCUGUAGACUCUGUACUAGUGGGCCAGUUAUUGGACUGUAGUCUGACAUAGCUGUAGACUCUGUAGUGGACUGUAGCCUGACAGCUGUAGACUCUGUACUAGUGGACCAGUUAUUGGACUGUAGCCUGACAGCUGUAGACUCUGUACUAGUGGGCCAGUUAUUGGACUGUAGUCUGACAUAGCUGUAGACUCUGUACUAGUGGACCAGUUAAUGGACUGUAGUCUGACAUAGCUGUAGACUGUACUAGUGGGCCAGUUAUUGGACUGUAGUCUGACAUAGCUGUAGACUCUGUACUAGUGGACCAGUUAUUGGACUGUAGUCUGACAUAGCUGUAGACUCUGUACUAGUGGGCCAGUUAUUGGACUGUAGUCUGACAUAGCUGUAGACUCUGUACUAGUGGGCCAGUUAUUGGACUGUAGUCUGACAUAGCUGUAGACUCUGUACUAGUGGACCAGUUAUUGGACUGUAGUCUGACAGCUGUAGACUCUGUACUAGUGGACCAGUUAUUGGACUGUAGUCUGACAUAGCUGUAGACUCUGUACUAGUGGACCAGUUAUUGGACUGUAGCCUGACAUAGCUGUAGACUGUACUAGUGGACCAGUUAUUGGACUGUAGUCUGACAGCUGUAGACUCUGUCUCUCUGGCUGAAACACCAAGAGCUGGAGAAUAACGGACUAAUGGGACAGUGGAUGAUCUCAGAGAAGCACAAUGAUUUCACUCCCUCCACCGCCUCCAUCUGCUCAUCCCUCCAUCCCUGCCUUACCAGAGAUCUAAAACUGAGAGCAGUACAUCAGUCUGUCUACUGACUCUGACUCAGUCACUCUGACUCAGUCACUCUGACUCAGUCACACUGACUCAGUCACACUGACUCAGUCACUCUGACUCAGUCACUCUGACUCAGUCACUCUGACUCAGUCACUCUGACUCAGUCACUCUGACUCAGUCACUCUGACUCAAUCACACUGACUCAGUCACUCUGACUCAAUCACACUGACUCAUAUCAUCAUCGUCUGUUUUUGUAAACGUUGUCAGUGAGGUAAAAAAAAAACAGCGAAUGACAUCACACGCUGGAUCACUUGAAGUGACAUAAGGUGAAUGCACCAAUUAAAUGUAAAUGUAAGUGAUGAACAGGAUGUGACACAAGACGAAGAUGUUUUGAGGAAGUUGUGAAAUUAAGUGUUAUUAUGAAUGUGAUAUCUGACUGUUAUCGUAGAUGUUUAAGCAGUGGCCUAUCUUGGUACCCUCUCUAGACGAUGACUAUCUUGGUACCCUCUCUAGACGAUGACUAUCUUGGUACCCUCUCUAGACGAUGACUAUCUUGGUACCCUCUCUAGACGAUGACUAUCUUGGUACCCUCUCUAGACGAUGACUAUCUUGGUACCCUCUCUAGACGAUGACUAUCUUGGUACCCUCUCUAGACGAUGACUAUCUUGGUACCCUCUCUAGACGAUGACUAUCUUGGUACCCUCUCUAGACGAUGACUAUCUUGGUACCCUCUCUAGACGAUGACUAUCUUGGUACCCUCUCUAGACGAUGGUUGGACCACAGGCAGUGGAAGGGGUGUCUACUCAGUCACAGUGGCUGGGUCAUAAAUGGUAACCUAUUCCCUAUAUAGUGGACUACUUUUGGCCAGAGCUCUAUGGGGUAGGCUAUAGGGCACGGUUAGAGAACAGAGCCCUAUGGGGUAGGCUAUAGGGCAUGGUUAGAGAACAGAGCUCUAUGUAGGAUAUAGGGCAUAGUUAGGGAACAGCGCUUUAUGGGGUAGGCUAUAGGGCAUGGUUAGAGAACAGAGCUCUAUAGGGUAGGCUAUAGGGCAUGGUUAGAGAACAGAGCUCUAUGGGGUAGGCUAUAGGGCAUGGUUAGAGAACAGAGCCCUAUGGGGUAGGCUAUAGGGCAUGGUUAGAGAACAGAGCUCUAUGGGGUAGGCUAUAGGGCAUGGUUAGAGAACAGAGCUCUAUGGGGUAGGCUAUUGGGCAUGGUUAGAGAACAGAGCCCUAUGUGGUAGGAUAUAGGGCAUGGUUAGAGAACAGAGCUCUAUGGGGUAGGCUAUAGGGCAUGGUUAGAGAACAGAGCUCUAUAUGGUAGGAUAUAGGGCAUGGUUAGAGAACAGAGCCCUAUGGGGUAGGCUAUAGGGCAUGGUUAGAGAACAGAGCUCUAUGGGGUAGGCUAUAGGGCAUGGUUAGAGAACAGAGCUCUAUAGAGUAGGCUAUAGGGCAUGGUUAGGGAACAGAGCUCUAUGGGGUAGGCUAUAGGACAUGGUUAGAGAACAGAGCUCUAUGGGGUACGCUAUAGGGCAUGGUUAGAGAACAGAGCUCUAUGGGGUAGGCUAUAGGGCAUGGUUAGAGAACAGAGCUCUAUGGGGUAGGCUAUAGGGCAUGGUUAGAGAACAGAGCUCUAUGGGGUAGGCUAUAGGGCAUGGUUAGAGAACAGAGCCCUAUGGGGUAGGCUAUAGGGCAUGGUUAGAGAACAGAGCUCUAUGGGGUAGGCUAUAGGGCAUGGUUAGAGAACAGAGCUCUAUGGGGUACGCUAUAGGGCAUGGUUAGAGAACAGAGCCCUAUGGGGUAGGCUAUAGGGCAUGGUUAGAGAACAGAGCUCUAUAUGGUAGGAUAUAGGGCAUGGUUAGAGAACAGAGCUCUAUAUGGUAGGCUAUAGGGCAUGGUUAGAGAACAGAGCCCUAUGGGGUAGGCUAUAGGGCAUGGUUAGAGAACAGAGCUCUAUGGGGUAGGCUAUAGGGCAUGGUUAGAGAACAGAGCCCUAUGGGGUAGGCUAUAGGGCAUGGUUAGAGAACAGAGCUCUAUGGGGUAGACUAUAGGGCAUGGUUAGAGAACAGAGCUCUAUGGGGUACGCUAUAGGGCAUGGUUAGAGAACAGAGCCCUAUGGGGUAGGCUAUAGGGCAUGGUUAGAGAACAGAGCCCUAUGGGGUAGGCUAUAGGGCAUGGUUAGAGAACAGAGCUCUAUGGGGUAGGCUAUAGGGCAUGGUUAGAGAACAGAGCUCUAUGGGGUACGCUAUAGGGCAUGGUUAGAGAACAGAGCCCUAUGGGGUAGGCUAUAGGGCAUGGUUAGAGAACAGAGCUCUAUGGGGUAGGCUAUAGGGCAUGGUUAGAGAACAGAGCCCUAUGGGGUAGGCUAUAGGGCAUGGUUAGAGAACAGAGCUCUAUGGGGUAGGCUAUAGGGCAUGGUUAGAGAACAGAGCCCUAUGGGGUACGCUAUAGGGCAUGGUUAGAGAACAGAGCCCUAUGGGGUAGGCUAUAGGGCAUGAUUAGAGAACAGAGCUCUAUAUGGUAGGAUAUAGGGCAUGGUUAGAGAACAGAGCUCUAUGGGGUAGGCUAUAGGGCAUGGUUAGAGAACAGAGCUCUAUAUGGUAGGCUAUAGGGCAUGGUUAGAGAACAGAGCCCUAUGGGGUAGGCUAUAGGGCAUGGUUAGAGAACAGAGCUCUAUGGGGUAGGCUAUAGGGCAUGGUUAGAGAACAGAGCUCUAUGGGGUAGGCUAUAGGGCAUGGUUAGAGAACAGAGCUCUAUGGGGUAGGCUAUAGGGCAUGGUUAGAGAACAGAGCUCUAUGGGGUAGGCUAUAGGGCAUGGUUAGAGAACAGAGCCCUAUGGGGUAGGCUAUAGGGCAUGGUUAGAGAACAGAGCUCUAUGGGGUAGGCUAUAGGGCAUGGUUAGAGAACAGAGCUCUAUGGGGUAGGCUAUAGGGCAUGGUUAGAGAACAGAGCCCUAUGGGGUAGGCUAUAGGGCAUGGUUAGAGAACAGAGCUCUAUGGGGUAGGCUAUAGGGCAUGGUUAGAGAACAGAGCUCUAUGGGGUAGGCUAUAGGGCAUGGUUAGAGAACAGAGCCCUAUGGGGUAGGCUAUAGGGCAUGGUUAGAGAACAGAGCUCUAUGGGGUAGGCUAUAGGGCAUGGUUAGAGAACAGAGCUCUAUGGGGUAGGCUAUAGGGCAUGGUUAGAGAACAGAGCCCUAUGGGGUAGGCUAUAGGGCAUGGUUAGAGAACAGAGCUCUAUGGGGUAGGCUAUAGGGCAUGGUUAGAGAACAGAGCUCUAUGGGGUAGGCUAUAGGGCAUGGUUAGAGAACAGAGCCCUAUGGGGUAGGCUAUAGGGCAUGGUUAGAGAACAGAGCUCUAUGGGGUAGGCUAUAGGGCAUGGUUAGAGAACAGAGCUCUAUGGGGUAGGCUAUAGGGCAUGGUUAGAGAACAGAGCUCUAUGGGGUAGGCUAUAGGGCAUGGUUAGAGAACAGAGCCCUAUGGGGUAGGCUAUAGGGCAUGGUUAGAGAACAGAGCUCUAUGGGGUAGGCUAUAGGGCAUGGUUAGAGAACAGAGCCCUAUGGGGUAGGCUAUAGGGCAUGGUUAGAGAACAGAGCUCUAUGGGGUAGGCUAUAGGGCAUGGUUAGAGAACAGAGCCCUAUGGGGUAGGCUAUAGGGCAUGGUUAGAGAACAGAGCUCUAUGGGGUAGGCUAUAGGGCAUGGUUAGAGAACAGAGCCCUAUGGGGUAGGCUAUAGGGCAUGGUUAGAGAACAGAGCUCUAUGGGGUAGGCUAUAGGGCAUGGUCAGAGAACAGAACUCUAUGGGGUAGGCUAUAGGGCAUGGUUAGAAAACAGAGCCCUAUGGGGUAGGCUAUAGGGCAUGGUUAGAGAACAGAGCUCUAUGGGGUAGGCUAUAGGGCAUGGUUAGAAAACAGAGCCCUAUGGGGUAGGCUAUAGGGCAUGGUCAGAGAACAGAACUCUAUGGGGUAGGCUAUAGGGCAUGGUUAGAGAACAGAGCUCUAUGGGGUAGGCUAUAGGGCAUGGUCAGAGAACAGAACUCUAUGGGGUAGGCUAUAGGGCAUGGUUAGAGAACAGAGCUCUAUGGGGUAGGCUAUAGGGCAUGGUUAGAGAACAGAACUCUAUGGGGUAGGCUAUAGGGCAUGGUUAGAGAACAGAGCUCUAUGGGGUAGGCUAUAGGGCAUGGUUAGAGAACAGAGCCCUAUGGGGUAGGCUAUAGGGCAUGGUUAGAGAACAGAGCUCUAUGGGGUAGGCUAUAGGGCAUGGUUAGAGAACAGAGCUCUAUGGGGUAGGCUAUAGGGCAUGGUCAGAGAACAGAACUCUAUGGGGUAGGCUAUAGGGCAUGGUUAGAGAACAGAGCUCUAUGGGGUAGGCUAUAGGGCAUGGUUAGAGAACAGAGCUCUAUGGGGUAGGCUAUAGGGCAUGGUUAGAGAACAGAGCUCUAUGGGGUAGGCUAUAGGGCAUGGUUAGAGAACAGAGCUCUAUGGGGUAGGCUAUAGGGCAUGGUUAGAGAACAGAACUCUAUGGGGUAGGCUAUAGGGCAUGGUUAGAGAACAGAGCUCUAUGGGGUAGGCUAUAGGGCAUGGUUAGAGAACAGAGCCCUAUGGGGUAGGCUAUAGGGCAUGGUUAGAGAACAGAGCUCUAUGGGGUAGGCUAUAGGGCAUGGUUAGAGAACAGAGCCCUAUGGGGUAGGCUAUAGGGCAUGGUUAGAGAACAGAGCUCUAUGGGGUAGGCUAUAGGGCAUGGUUAGAGAACAGAGCUCUAUGGGGUAGGCUAUAGGGCAUGGUUAGAGAACAGAGCUCUAUGGGGUAGGCUAUAGGGCAUGGUUAGAGAACAGAGCUCUAUGGGGUAGGCUAUAGGGCAUGGUUAGAGAACAGAACUCUAUGGGGUAGGCUAUAGGGCAUGGUUAGAGAACAGAGCUCUAUGGGGUAGGCUAUAGGGCAUGGUUAGAGAACAGAGCCCUAUGGGGUAGGCUAUAGGGCAUGGUUAGAGAACAGAGCUCUAUGGGGUAGGCUAUAGGGCAUGGUUAGAGAACAGAGCCCUAUGGGGUAGGCUAUAGGGCAUGGUUAGAGAACAGAGCUCUAUGGGGUAGGCUAUAGGGCAUGGUUAGAGAACAGAGCUCUAUGGGGUAGGCUAUAGGGCAUGGUUAGAGAACAGAGCUCUAUGGGGUAGGCUAUAGGGCAUGGUUAGAGAACAGAGCCCUAUGGGGUAGGCUAUAGGGCAUGGUUAGAGAACAGAGCUCUAUGGGGUAGGCUAUACUGUGCUAUGGAGACAGCUCGGGGAUGGUACAGAAAUCACCCAUAUCGUUCCUAUCUGUUGUUACUGAAAGGCAUUCUGGGAUGCUGUCUGAAAUGACACUCUAUUCCCUUUACAGAGAGCGAUACUUCUGACCGGAGCCUCACAAACCUUGGUCUAAGACUUACCCCAUAUGGCUCUGGGCAACACGAGGGCACUACAUAGACAAUACAGGGGCCAUUUGGGACACAGCCCAGGACAACAGUUGGUAAUGAUGGAGAGACAGACAACAGGAAGUCCUCUGGUGUUUAAUAAAGGUCAUGUUGGUAAUGAUGGAGAGACAGACAACAGGAAGUCCUCUGGUGUUUAAUACAGGUCAUGUUGGUAAUGAUGGAGAGACAGACAGCAGGAAGUCCUCUGGUGUUUAAUACAGGUCAUGUUGGUAAUGAUGGAGAGACAGACAACAGGAAGUCCUCUGGUGUUUAAUAAAGGUCAUGUUGGUAAUGAUGGAGAGACAGACAACAGGAAGUCCUCUGGUGUUUAAUACAGGUCAUGUUGGUAAUGAUGGAGAGACAGACAACAGGAAGUCCUCUGGUGUUUAAUAAAGGUCAUGUUGGUAAUGAUGGAGAGACAGACAACAGGAAGUCCUCUGGUGUUUAAUACAGGUCAUGUUGGUAAUGAUGGAGAGACAGACAACAGGAAGUCCUCUGGUGUUUAAUACAGGUCAUGUUGGUAAUGAUGGAGAGACAGACAACAGGAAGUCCUCUGGUGUUUAAUACAGGUCAUGUUGGUAAUGAUGGAGAGACAGACAACAGGAAGUCCUCUGGUGUUUACUACAGGUCAUGUUGGUAAUGAUGGAGAGACAACAGGAAGUCCUCUGGUGUUUAAUACAGAUCAUGUUGUUAAUGAUGGAGAGACAGACAACAGGAAGUCCUCUGGUGUUUAAUAAAGGUCAUGUUGGUAAUGAUGGAGAGACAGACAACAGGAAGUCCUCUGGUGUUUAAUACAGAUCAUGUUGUUAAUGAUGGAGAGACAGACAACAGGAAGUCCUCUGGUGUUUAAUACAGGUCAUGUUGUUAAUGAUGGAGAGACAGACAACAGGAAGUCCUCUGGUGUUUAAUAAAGGUCAUGUUGGUAAUGAUGGAGAGACAGACAACAGGAAGUCCUCUGGUGUAAUAAAGGUCAUGUUGGUAAUGAUGGAGAGACAGACAACAGGAAGUCCUCUGGUGUUUAAUAAAGGUCAUGUUGGUAAUGAUGGAGAGACAGACAACAGGAAGUCCUCUGGUGUUUAAUAAAGGUCAUGUUGGUAAUGAUGGAGAGACAGACAACAGGAAGUCCUCUGGUGUUUAAUACAGGUCAUGUUGGUAAUGAUGGAGAGACAGACAACAGGAAGUCCUCUGGUGUUUAAUACAGGUCAUGUUGUUAAUGAUGGAGAGACAGACAACAGGAAGUCCUCUGGUGUAAUAAAGGUCAUGUUGGUAAUGAUGGAGAGACAGACAACAGGAAGUCCUCUGGUGUUUAAUAAAGGUCAUGUUGGUAAUGAUGGAGAGACAGACAACAGGAAGUCCUCUGGUGUUUAAUACAGGUCAUGUUGGUAAUGAUGGAGAGACAGACAACAGGAAGUCCUCUGGUGUUUAAUACAGGUCAUGUUGGUAAUGAUGGAGAGACAGACAACAGGAAGUCCUCUGGUGUUUAAUACAGGUCAUGUUGGUAAUGAUGGAGAGACAGACAACAGGAAGUCCUCUGGUGUUUAAUACAGGUCAUGUUGGUAAUGAUGGAGAGACAGACAACAGGAAGUCCUCUGGUGUUUAAUACAGGUCAUGUUGGUAAUGAUGGAGAGACAGACAACAGGAAGUCCUCUGGUGUUUAAUACAGGUCAUGUUGGUAAUGAUGGAGAGACAGACAACAGGAAGUCCUCUGGUGUUUACUACAGGUCAUGUUGUUAAACGGGAAAUGACAGCAUUUUAGCGACAUGAAAUCUUAUUAAAAUCUGUUCAUAUUCACCCCCAGGAAGAAUAUGACAAUUUAUUUUUUACAUUUACUGACAAGCGAGCACUUAGAAAUGGUCAUUUUCACAUUUUCAUACGUUCUUAGAAUGUUUUGGGAAUUGCGUAUAUAGGAGGGCAUUUUGUAGAAAAUUCUAUAGCAAUAUAGUCUGGGAAAGUGGCCAAAUAGACACUGCAGGAAAUAAAACCGAAUAAAAUCAUCUGUCUCACCCAGGACCGGAGUCUACGCAGACUGGUGGGCCUCAGCCAAUCAGAGGGCUGCCAUGUAUGUAGUGUAGUACGAUGGUACCUGCCAUCGUUCACUUUGAACUGGACUGAGUGUUUACAGGUUUUUGCAACAGCUGGACAUUAGAACGCAUUUGGCAAAAGCCACAAAAUACACACCUGGAUGGAUUUCUGCAAAUAUGUCAAUACCACGGGAGUCCUCUUAGAUUUGGGAACUUCACAGUCCUAUUGAUCAAGCAACCAUGAAAAGGUAGUCUCUCUCUCCCUCAGUUAUACACAUCAACAACCAUGAAAAGGUAGUCUCUCUCUCUCAGUUAUACACAUCAACAACCAUGAAAAGGUAGGCUCUCUCUCUCAGUUAUACACAUCAACAACCAUGAAAAGGUAGACUCUCUCUCUCAGUUAUACACAUCAACAACCAUGAAAAGGUAGACUCUCUCUCUCCCUCAGUUAUACACAUCAACAACCAUGAAAAGGUAGUCUCUCUCUCCCUCAGUUAUACACAUCAACAACCAUGAAAAGGUAGACUCUCUCUCCCUCAGUUAUACACAUCAACAACCAUGAAAAGGUAGACUCUCUCUCCCUCAGUUAUACACAUCAACAACCAUGAAAAGGAAGGCUCUCUCUCCCUCAGUUAUACACAUCAACAACCAUGAAAAGGUAGACUCUCUCUCUCCCUCAGUUAUACACAUCAACAACCAUGAAAAGGUAGUCUCUCUCUCUCUCAGUUAUACACAUCAACAACCAUGAAAAGGUAGUCUCUCUCUCCCUCAGUUAUACACAUCAACAACCAUGAAAAGGUAGUCUCUCUCAGUUAUACACAUCAACAACCAUGAAAAGGUAGGCUCUCUCUCCCUCAGUUAUACACAUCAACAACCAUGAAAAGGUAGGCUCUCUCUCCCUCAGUUAUACACAUCAACAACCAUGAAAAGGAAGGCUCUCUCUCUCUCAGUUAUACACAUCAACAACCAUGAAAAGGUAGACUCUCUCUCCCUCAGUUAUACACAUCAACAACCAUGAAAAGGUAGGCUCUCUCCCUCAGUUAUACACAUCAACAACCAUGAAAAGGUAGACUCUCUCUCUCCCUCAGUUAUACACAUCAACAACCAUGAAAAGGUAGUCUCUCUCUCCCUCAGUUAUACACAUCAACAACCAUGAAAAGGUAGGCUCUCUCUCUCUCUCAGUUAUACACAUCAACAACCAUGAAAAGGUAGGCUCUCUCUCCCUCAGUUAUACACAUCAACAACCAUGAAAAGGUAGGCUCUCUCUCUCUCUCUCUCUCAGUUAUACACAUCAACAGCCAUGAAAAGGUAGGCUCUCUCUCCCUCAGUUAUACACAUCAACAACCAUGAAAAGGUAGGCUCUCUCUCUCUCUCUCUCUCAGUUAUACACAUCAACAGCCAUGAAAAGGUAGGCUCUCUCUCUCCCUCAGUUAUACACAUCAACAACCAUGAAAAGGUAGACUCUCUCUCUCUCAGUUAUACACAUCAACAACCAUGAAAAGGUAGUCUCUCUCUCCCUCAGUUAUACACAUCAACAACCAUGAAAAGGUAGUCUCUCUCUCCCUCAGUUAUACACAUCAACAACCAUGAAAAGGUAGUCUCUCUCUCUCUCAGUUAUACACAUCAACAACCAUGAAAAGGUAGACUCUCUCUCUCUCUCAGUUAUACACAUCAACAACCAUGAAAAGGUAGGCUCUCCCUCAGUUAUACACAUCAACAACCAUGAAAAGGUAGGCUCUCUCUCUCAGUUAUACACAUCAACAACCAUGAAAAGGUAGACUCUCUCUCUCCCUCAGUUAUACACAUCAACAACCAUGAAAAGGAAGGCUCUCCCUCAGUUAUACACAUCAAUAACUAAUGCUAGCCAGAUCAAUAACUAAUGCUAGCCAGAUCAAUAAUUAAUGCUAGCCAGAUCAAUAACUAAUGUUAGCCAGAUCAAUAACUAAUGCUAGCCAGAUCAAUAACUAAUGCUAGCCAGAUCAACAACUAAUGUUAGCCAGAUCAAUAACUAAUGCUAGCCAGAUCAACAACUAAUGUUAGCCAGAUCAAUAACUAAUGCUAGCCAGAUCAACAACUAAUGCUAGCCAGAUCAAUAACUAAUGCUAGCCAGAUCAAUAACUAAUGCUAGCCAGAUCAACAGCUAAUGCUAGCCAGAUCAACAACUAAUGCUAGCCAGAUCAAUAACUAAUGCUAGCCAGAUCAACAACUAAUGCUAGCCAGAGCAAGAUGAGCUAAAAUCUAACAAAGGAAUAUUAGAUAAACCCUCUCAAACUUUUUCAGCUAGAUGGCCGUCGAAAUUGCACUGAUAAACGAUGGGGAAUAGUAAGUACCCUGCUCGUCCUUCUGCAGCUUGCCUGCCAAUGCAUGCUUGUCCCAACCAAGCACCCAAGCUAACUGGCUAAAGUUGGCUAGUUUGCUAGCGAUCUAUUUCCGGAGAACGAAUGAGAGUACACCUCACUCUGACCAUUUUACUCUCCCUAUCAGAGCUGGUUAGGCUGUUUAAAUGUUAUCUAGAACGUUCUUGACUAAUUAUUACUUUUUAUUUGUCUACGUUUACUGACACCGGUCAUAUUCAGUGGGUUUUGGGCGUCCUUAAAUGUAUUUCGUAAAUUCAUCAGUUAUUCUGCGCUCUGGCACACUCAGACGAGAGUGAAUUUGCGAACGCAAGAGAUAUGCUAACUGGAUAAGCAGUCGUUCAACUUCGACAUAGCUAGCUAGCAAAGCGAUUCACAUUUCUUGCUAGCUAACCCGAAAUGACACCAGCUUCUCUAGCUGUUGUAUAGCCACCGAAAAACGAUAUGAGUGGCGGAAAAGUCAGUCAGUCACCCUCUCUCCAAUGACAUGACAUCCUCCUAACAGCUAGCUAGCUAACGUUCGACUCUGGGUUAUUAGCUUUCUAUAUAAAUAGAUACGCUAGCCUAUUAGCCACGUUAACACGGACUUGUGAUCAUUUCUUUUGCUAGUUUGAUUGUAUUGACAUUCCCAGCCUUUUUAUAACGUAACUAUUGUAACGACCCUGGGUUUAUAAGCGCGGACAUCGACUCUGCCGCAUGAGCAUGCUUUUGUGGCACAGUCGAUAGCGCGCCGGACUUCGGGCUAGAAGGUCGAGGGUUCGAGAUCUGCUCCCUGCCUGUUUCGUUACAGUAUGUUUUUUAGUCCUGAAUAUUGAGUCGUUGAACCUGAAACAGUGGAUCCCGAAUGGGGAGACGGCAAACAACGUACCAGACCAGCAGUGAUUUACAACCCGAUAGCAAUGUGUUUUUUUGGGACGACCAAGAAAAUGUAUCGGUGAAUUCUAUUAAUCACGCAUUGAACUGCAUUCAUCUGUUCUGCCAACAAUGCCUUACUCUACGUCAUGGACUGUUAUAAAGUUGGUUUUUACAGCAUAAACUGGGAAUUUGACUGAUAUUAUGAUUGUCUAUUUGUUUCAUAUCUGCAAAGGAGUUAAAACACUGUCAGUUCCACUUUAAUGAGUACUAUUACAGACUUAAUGGUGUUCCAUUAGAGAAGUAUCUCACCUCCAAGUCCGUCUGUCUGUCUAUGCUAGCAGUCACACCAGGCUAACGGUUACACCCAGUCCCAUUAUAACCACCACCAGGGAAAUGACAGACUGGUAUUGUAUCAGACUCUUCCCUGGCUGUAUGGUCUGUGUUAGUCCCAUUAUAACCACCACCAGGGAAAUGACAGACUGGUAUUGUAUCAGACUCUUCCCUGGCUGUAUGGUCUGUGUUAGUCCCAUUAUAACCACCAGGGAAAUAACAGACUGGUAUUGUAUCAGACUCUUCCCUGGCUGUAUGAUCUGUGUCAGUCCCAUUAUAACCACCAGGGAAAUGACAGACUGGUAUUGUAUCAGACUCUUCCCUGGCUGUAUGAUCUGUGUCAGUCCCAUUAUAACCACCAGGGAAAUGACAGACUGGUAUUGUAUCAGACUCUUCCCUGGCUGUAUGGUCUGUGUUAGUCCCAUUAUAACCACCACCAGGGAAAUGACAGACUGGUAUUGUAUCAGACUCUUCCCUGGCUGUAUGAUCUGUGUAAGUCCCAUUAUAACCACCAGGGAAAUGACAGACUGGUAUUGCAUCACUCUUCCCUGGCUGUAUGGUCUGUGUCAGUCCCAUUAUAACCACCAGGGAAAUGACAGACUGGUAUUGUAUCAGACUCUUCCCUGGCUGUAUGGUCUGUAGUCCCAUUAUAACCACCACCAGGGAAAUGACAGACUGGUAUUGUAUCAGACUCUUCCCUGGCUGUAUGGUCUGUGUUAGUCCCAUUAUAACCACCAGGGAAAUGACAGACUGGUAUUGUAUCAGACUCUUCCCUGGCUGUAUGGUCUGUGUUAGUCCCAUUAUAACCACCAGGGAAAUGACAGACUGGUAUUGUAUCAGACUCUUCCCUGGCUGUAUGGUCUGUGUUAGUCCCAUUAUAACCACCAGGGAAAUAACAGACUGGUAUUGUAUCAGACUCUUCCCUGGCUGUAUGGUCUGUGUUAGUCCCAUUAUAACCACCACCAGGGAAAUGACAGACUGGUAUUGUAUCAGACUCUUCCCUGGCUGUAUGGUCUGUGUUAGUCUCAUUAUAAACACCAGGGAAAUAACAGACUGGUAUUGUAUCAGACUCUUCCCUGGCUGUAUGAUCUGUGUUAGUUGAGGUGUUUUAAUACCUCAUUAACCUUAUUGCCAGGAGAAUAUCACCCAUGUAAUGUUUUCACUUUGUCAUUAUGGGUUAUUGUGUGUAGAUGGGUGAGAUAAAAAAAAAAAAAAGUAAUACAUUUUUAAAUCAGGUUGUAACAUAAUAAAAUGUGAAUAUGUCGAGGGGUGUGAAUACUUUCUGAAUGAACUAUAUAGAUUAGGGCUGUCGUCAAACGAUUUAAAUAAUGAAUCGAGUUAAUAGCAUUCGUUAGUACAUUUUUUAAUUUGCUCAAAUUUGUCCCCAAAGAAAGCUUUUAUCUAAGCUAACAUAUUAUGGAAUUGUUUAAAGAUGGUCAUACCAAGGAUCAUUUAGCUAGUUGAUUUAGCUUUUUAAGACCCUAUAAGGUAUAAGAAAUUAUAAUAAAAACAUUACUUGAU